CUGGAAGAUGAUGUCAUGUGGUAGGAGGGGUAGUGCUGCUGAUGCUGCUGAGCUCUUGUAUCCGAGGAGCUGCAGACAGGACUGUAAAAGAGAGAAAUACAAAAAGAGAGAGAGAGGAGGAGAAAACGGACAUCUCAUCGAGAAGAGAAGUACAAUUAAUGGUUGAAGGCUACCAACAGCAAAAUAUAAACAUGACCCUGGCAGCAUAUCGAGAGAAGAUAAAGGAGCUCCCUCUAGUGUCCUUUUUGUGCUCCUGCAUCAACUCAAACCCUGCCGAAAAUCCCACACACAAGACUGAAGAUGCAGUGGAUCUCAACUGGUGCGUGAUCAAAGAUAUGGAGGUCAUCGAGCUGAACAAGCGGACCUCGGGCCAAGCGUUUGAGGUGAUCCUGAAACCUCCCUCCUUUGACGGUGCACCAGACCUCAACACAUCCAUGCCUCAGCGUAAGGACCCCUCCCUGGAAGAAAUCCAGAAGAAGCUGGAAGCAGCCGAGGAGAGGCGGAAGUGCCAGGAAGGAGAGAUGCUAAAACAUCUUGCUGAGAAGAGGGAGCACGAGAGAGUGGUCAUCCAGAAGGCCUUCGAGGAGAACAACAACUUCAUCAAGAACGCUAAAGAGAAGCUGGAGCAGAAGAUGGAGGCCAACAAAGAGAACCGUGAGGCUUUGCUUGCAGCCAUGCUGGAGAGACUGCAGGAAAAGGACAAACACGCAGAGGAGGUGAGGAAGAACAAAGAACUGAAAGAAGAGGCCUGUCGGUAGAGGAGCACCCUCUGAACAAGACUGCUCUGGCUUGACAAGGAAAGAGAGAUACGGAGGCAGAACCGUUGAGAACAAGUAAAUGGGAACCAAUACAUCUCGAUAAAGGGAAUGUAGAGGACAUUAAUAAUGACAAGAUGCAACACUAAACUUUUGUGGGUUCCAAAACUAUUUAAUGUUAUUACAAACUAUUAAAAGAUUUAAAAAAAUAAGAAUUAAGAAAAAAAAGAACAUCUUCUGGAUGACAAUGCAAGGUGCACUAAGGGUGUCUUUCGCUUGAUGGAGGACAAAGAUUUAUACCAGAUGAAUGAAAAGUGUCUACCAAACAGAUCUUUUGAAAUGACACGGAGAGGUGAAAAUGACAAAACAAUGUAGAGAUGCUUUUUUUAUAAACUCCAUAAUCGGAACAGAUGAAUGUUAAGACAACCACAAACUACAUCUGACGUCAUCCGUAAAACAUAUUCCAUGUACUGAUGGUUUGAUUGUACAUAUUUACUGAUAUCAUUUAAUAAUCAACAGGAUUUCUUAGCUCAAUAAAACAUACAGGCAUGACUAUACAAUAUAUCAAGCAAUGGAUCGAUACUUUGCAAAUACAAUAUUACAUAUACAGCUGUAUACUAACACAUUCUAGAUGCAUAUAAAAACGAGAUCUAGACUGGAGCACAGUGACACUUUAAGCACAACUCAAAAGCACAUUAGGAUUUUUCAUGUAUUAUGUUUGUAUUUGCAUCUUAGAAAUGAAGAAUGAAUUUCUCAGGUUUGAGAGAAUGACAAAAAGAGAUUUAGUACUUUGAAUGUUCCUCAGCUUUAGAUGUGAAUGGUGCACUUUGCAUGUCAACACAUUUUCUUGAUUGUCUUUAUUUAUAUUACUUGUUAAAUAAAAGUGAUGCGGUUUGUGUUGGUAAUGUUGGCAAAAUGUACCGUUUUAUGUGAAAGAUAAGUAUUGACUUCAAUCGGCCAGAUCAUGUGAGAAAAUCGAACCUAUUCUUUCUCUCUGUGUUUAUAAUGCCCACAUGACUAAAGUUUCUUGUUUAAUAUAGUCAAAUAAAUGCUUCUCUUAACCAAAUAA